AAUGUUAAUACUAGUAGCAUCAAGUACCAUAUAUGAAGCACAAGCUGGGUUCUUAUUAAGGCAUUACAUGAAGAAAUUUCCUCAAAAUUCCCAAGAUUUUGAGCCUUUUGCUUACAAGGGUAUGCUUAGUUUUGUGGACAACCUUGAAAGUAUGGCUCCAGGAAAAGGAGAGUACAAGGAUUUCUUCUCAAAGCUGAAAGCUUUCAUGGGCUUCAUAAACACGGCAAAAGGGUCUUCUUCAGACUUCCAGUCUCAGAUGAAACAACAAUCUGAGGGCCUCUUCAAGGCUAUCUCUGCAUUGGGUAUCAAAGGAGGAUCAUCGGCUGAUACGAGCAAAUUGAUCGAGAGUUUGAUGUCAAUGGGAAAAACAUUUGCUGAAUUUAAAAGGAGCGGUGCAACAACGAUGACAAGCGAACAAAGAAGAGAGCUGGUCACAUCUAUGGCAAAAUGGGCACAAGUGAUUGGUCAGUUUGUGAAAAAAGUUGGCGACCAGACUGGUGACGGCAAAAAUAUUGAUCUUUCAUCACUUCUUGGAGGUGGAAGCUCUGGCUUUGGUAGCGGUGGUGAUAGUGGAAGUCCAAGCUCAGAUAGCGGUUCCCCCUCAGCCGAUACUGGGAGUCCUACCGAUAGUGGAAGCUAUGGAGAUAGCACAGGCGAUACUGGAAGCUCGGCAAGUAGCCCCUCCUAUCCAAGUGAUGAUGGCAGUGGAAGCACUGCUGGUGGCCCUAGUGGAAGUACAACUGAUGAUGGCAGUUCCGCCGGAGGAGAAAGUUCAAUGGGUGGUGAUUCCUCUUCUGCUGUAGGUGGAGCAGCUGGGGAGACUGCAAGUGCAACUGAUGCUGAUAGUGGAGGUGCUGCUGGUGGUGAAGUUGCUAGUGGUGGAGCUUCUGGUGGCUCGGCUGAAACCGGUGGUGAAAGCGCAAGUGGUGGAGAUGCUUCUGGUGGCUCAGCUGAAACUGGUGGUGAAAGUGCUGGUGGUGGAGCUGCAUCUGGUGGUGCGGCUGAAACUGGUGGUGAAAGUGGUGGAGCUGCUUCCGGUGGCUCGGCUGAAGCCGGUGCUGAAAGUGGUGGAGCUGCUUCCGGUGGCUCGGUUGAAGCCGGUGCUGAAAGUGGUGGAGCUGCUUCCGGUGGUUCGGCUGGAACCGGUGCUGAAAGUGGUGGAGCUGCUUCCGGUGGCUCGGUUGAAGCCGGUGCUGAAAGUGGUGGAGCUGCUUCCGGUGGAUCGGCUGAAGCCGGUGCUGAAAGUGGUGGAGCUGCUUCCGGUGGUUCGGCUGAAGCCGGUGCUGAAAGUGGUGGAGCUGCUUCCGGUGGCUCGGCUGAAGCCGGUGCUGAAAGUGGUGGAGCUGCUUCCGGUGGUUCGGCUGAAGCCGGUGCUGAAAGUGGUGGAGCUGCUUCCGGUGGAUCGGCUGAAGCCGGUGCUGAAAGUGGUGGAGCUGCUUCCGGUGGUUCGGCUGAAGCCGGUGCUGAAAGUGGUGGAGCUGCUUCCGGUGGAUCGGCUGAAGCCGGUGGUGAAAGUGGUGGAGCUGAUUCCGGUGCCUCUGCUGAAACCGGUGGUGAAAGUGGUGGAGCUGCUUCCGGAGGCUCGGCUGGAACCGGUGCUGAAAGUGGUGGAGCUGCUUCCGGACGCUCGGCUGAAACCGGUGCUGAAAGUGGUGGAGCUGCUUCCGGAGGCUCGGCUGGAACCGGUGCUGAAAGUGGUGGAGCUACUUCCGGUGGCUCGGCAGAAACCGGUGCUGAAACUGGUGGAGCUGCAUCUGGUGGCGCGAGUGAAACUGCAAGUGAAACUACUAGUGGUGGGAGCGCUGCUGCCGGUGGCGCAAGUGGAACUGCAACUGAAACCUCUAACAGCCAAGGAAGUUCAAUGGCUGGUGGAGGAACCUACACAGACUCUACAGGUGGAAGUCCAGCCGGUAGCCCUUCUGCGGGUGGCCCAAGUGGAAGUGCAACUGAAAGCUCGAUGGAAGCUGGAGCCUCCGGAGGCCAAGCCGGCACUGUUAGCUAUCAAUCUGCCAACUAUCAAAAGACGCACUCAAAAUCCGCAGGUAAAAGCUCCUUCAGCCAUUCCUCGGAAGAGAAAAGUUCCGGCAGUGCCAAUGCGGACUCGUAGAUUUAGACCCAGAGGUCAAAAACGUAUUAAUAUUAUUAUGUCAAUAAAGAGAUGGCCCUGCU